GUCCAUCUAUAUCGAAACCCACGAUCCCCUUGCCGGGCCCUACAACACAGCCCCCACGCACGCCAUCACCUCCAAGACCCACACUGAGCUCAGGUACUGUAAUUUCCUCUCCCUAUCUUUUGCUGCCUGUCGCCGUGCUUCCUGCAGUGCCUCUGGGGAUCCACAUUAUAACACUUUUGACCACAGAGUUCAUAAUUUCAUGGGAAAUUGCACUUACACCCUCUCCAAAGUGUGCAACGUCUCUGAGAGGCUUCCAUACUUUGAUGUGUCCACAAUGAAUGAGCACAGAGGAGCCAACACCAAAGUCUCUUACGUGAAUGGCAGCAGAAUGAACCUGCCUGUAUUUAUUGAAAAGAAGAUCAGUAUUCAAAGCAGUGGUGGAUAUAUUCUCUUGGAAACUGACUUUGGACUGUGGGUGAUAUACGAUGGAAAUCACUAUGCAGAAGUCUCUGUGCCCUCUAAUUACCAUGGUCUGCUCUGUGGCCUCUGUGGUAAUUAUAACGGUGAUCCAAAUGAUGACAACAUAAAGCCCAAUGGUGACUUUGCAAGUGGUUCCACUGAUCUUGGACAAAGCUGGCUUGUGCCUGAGAAUAACACCAUAUGUUCCAGCGGGACUUCUGAAGAGCAAUGUGAUCCUGUGCUGGAGAGUGAAGCAAAGAAGAACACAGCAUGUGGCAUGAUCACAGACCCAACAGCAAUGUACUGUCCUGGAGGCAGCAUCUACAAGAGCUGUGGUACUAGGUGUCCCUCUACCUGCUUGAACAUCUCAGCAGUUGAUUCCUGCAGUACCUUACCAGUGGAAGGUUGCUUCUGUAAGGAAGGCUAUGUUUUGAGUGGAGAAAAAUGCGUGCCAGAAAGCAGCUGUGGUUGUGUUGAUGGAAAAAACCAGUAUCACCAGCUGGAUGAGAGCUGGUUCACCAGUUACCCCUGCACUGAACGCUGCACCUGCAACACUAAUAACACCAUUGUAUGCACUUCCUGGGAGUGUGGAGUCCACGAGGAAUGCAGUAUUCAGGAUGGUGUGCUAGGCUGUCAUUCCAAUGGCCAAGCAACAUGUCAAGUGGCAGGAGAUCCCCAUUAUUUCACUUUUGAUGGAAUGAUGUACACUUUUGUGGGUACCUGCACCUACACCUUGGUUGAGGUCGUCAACACCAACAGUAUCAUUCCUAUAACCAUCCUUGGCAAGAAUGAAGACAGAGGACUAAGAGGGGCCACAUACCUGAAAGAAGUCUACAUAGAUGUGUAUGGUGUACGAAUCACCCUUCAGAAAAGCCAAGGAGUCCUGCUGAACAAUCAGAGAGUCUCCACUCCAGUGGAGAACCGUUUGAGAGGUGUGUCCAUUGGAAACGUUGGCAGAUUUAUAGUAGUGGAAACUGACUUUGGUGUGACAGUGAAAUAUGACGGCAAUCACCGUCUGGAAAUCACCCUCCCACAGUCUUAUUUCUCAAAGGUACAUGGCAUGUGUGGUAACUUCAAUGAUAAUCAUGAAGAUGACCUGUCCCUGCCCAAUGGUACACUUGUCAGUGUCACACAGUUUGGAAACAGCUGGAAAGUAGAGGAAGACAGUGAUGAAGGUUGUUUACCAGACUUAAGAGAAGAUGAUGCUCCUUCUUGCACUGCUGAGAAUAAACCAGACAUUGAAAGCCAGUGCAAUGUCCUAAAAUCAGACAAAUUCAAAGCAUGUCAUAAUCUAGUCAAGCCUGAAGACUUCAUACAGAUCUGCAUCUAUGACAUGUGCCGGUAUGAUGGCAUGAAGUCCACUCUCUGUGACAUAGUUCAAGUCUAUGUGGACAUCUGCAGGAACCACGGAAUUGCCAUUAAAUGGAAGAAUAGCACAUUCUGUCCAUUGCCCUGUCCAACCCACAGCCAUUACGUGGACUGUGUUUCCACCUGCCCAUCAACAUGCAAUGACAUUUUUGCCUCUUCCCUUUGUGAGAAGACAGAAGAGUGCACAGAAGGCUGUGAGUGUGAUAACAAUUAUGUGCUCAGUAAUGGCAACUGUGUACCUCUGAGCGAUUGUGGCUGCAGGGAUGAUGACAACAAUUACUACACUGCUGGGGAGACCUGGAUAACUCCACACUGCACCAAAAGAUGCCAGUGUCAGAACGGUGUCAUCACAUGUAAGAGCUACAGCUGUGAUUCUAAAGAAACCUGCGUGAUCAAAAAUGGAAAAUACAAGUGCAAUCCAACAGGUUUUGGGAAAUGCCAGAUCAUGGGUGACCCACACUACAUCACCUUUGAUGGUCUGGUGCACCACUUUCAAGGGAAAUACACGUAUAUUCUGGCUCAGACUACCCCUGACCUACCUGAUACUCUGACGCAGUUCAGCAUUGAAGGCGUGAACUAUCCUUUUCGUCGAAGUCGACACAUUACUUACCUGAAAGAAAUUCUCGUCAAUGUUUACAAUCACACAGUGCGAUUCAGGCAGAACAAGCAGCUUGUGUUGGAUGGUGUGAGCGUGAGACCCCCUGCUCGUCCUCAUGAAGGUAUUCAUAUAUAUCAGAGGACAACAAGAAUUCUCCUGGAGACAGAUUUUGGCUUAUACCUGAGCUUUGAUGGCAAUCAAAAUGCAGAUAUAAAGCUGGCCAACACCUACAGCAGCAGAGUGGAAGGCUUGUGUGGUAACUUUGAUGGGAGAUACAGAAAUGACUUCACAAAUCCAGAUGGUGUUUGGGUGAAGAACGUGAAUGUAUUUGGUGAGAGCUGGAAAGUUCCUCUGAAAAGAACAACUUCUCGUCUCAG